UGUGAGUCGCGUGGACCACCAGUGUGCUUACGCCCCGCGAGCCGCGACCCGCCACCGCGACCCGCGAGGCCGGAGUACGACCCGUGUGCGUGCGUGUGUGUGUGCGUGUGACAGUGCGUUCGAGUGUGCCACUGUGCCAGUGGCGGGUUGGGCUGACCGCUCGCGAUUGUUUCGGCGGUGCCGUUGACGCGUCUGCGAUGACAGCGCUUGCAGAGCUGCCCCUCCCCGGGUCCUCCCUGUGACGGCGAUCCGCAGCGCGCCCCGCAGUAACCGCCAGCAGCCAAGCAGCACCGCGAAGCAGGCGAAGCACCGCGACAACAAGGAUCUCUGCUCGGCCAAACGACCAGUGGUCCAUUGAUCGAGCUUGGCAGACACAAUGGUUGACUACUACCGCAUUUUGGAGGUGCCACGAACAGCGUCAAAUGCAGAGAUUAAGAAAGCAUAUCGUAAACUGGCAUUGAAAUGGCAUCCAGACAAGAAUUUAGACAAUCCAGAGGAGGCUGGGCGCAGAUUUAAAGAAAUAUCAGAAGCUUAUGAAGUAUUGUCUGAUGAAAAGAAACGCCGAGUGUAUGACCAGUAUGGCAAAGAUGGUCUGUUUGCUAAUGAUAGACCCCGGCGGCCAAGGCACCAUGAAGAAGAGUUUGAUGUCUUUAAUUCUUUCCCAUUCAUAUUCCGGGAUCCUGAGGAUGUGUUCAGGGAAUUCUUUGGUGACUCUCCUUUUGCUGGUUUUGGCGGCAUGAAUGGACAUUCACACCAUCGCUCAAGAAAUGGACAUCACCGCAACUCUCACCCAUCAAGUCACUCAUUGAGACCUUUCUUCGACCCAUUCAGCCUAUUUGGCAUGGGAAUGGAUGGAAUGGUGCCUGGGGGAAACCCACUGGGUGGUUCCUACACAUCAUUCACCACAGCAUUUUCUAGCAUGGGUAAUGGUGUUCCUACUAAGCAGACAUCAACCUCAACAAGGUUCAUCAAUGGGAAAAAAAUCACCACAAAGAAGGUUGUAGAAAAUGGGAAGGAGACUGUGGUGACUUAUGAAAAUGACAUCCUCACAUCCAAGACUGUUAAUGGAGUAGCACAAGCCAUUGGCUACAGUUAAGUGAGCUGCCAUUCCACAAAGAAAAUUAAUUGGAACUGCUAUUUAUGGCCGUAACUGCCCUCAGCCCAGUUCCACCAGUCAUUAUUUACUACCUAUUUACUUUUAGCAAGAAAUAGAAAAUUAUAAGUGUAUCAUUCUUCUUUUCACCUAAUUGAACAAAAUGGCUGUUGGCCUUUUGGAAGAAGUGGCAAAAUUUUGAGUAGCUCAGUCUGUUAAUGUGCAGCCCAAUAUUGCUGUUGUUAACAUGUUAACAUAUAGUUGAUUAAGCUUGGUUACAUUUAUUCUGUUAAAGAAAUUGCAAUUGUUGCGUGCUGGAUCUCAUCAAUGCUACCUACUGCCUCUUACCAUCAAGUAAUGUUCAGACUGAAGGGUAGGAUUUAAAUAUGAAGAUUUUGCAGGGAUAUGUGAUGUGUGGUUGAUGUGUGAGUGUGGGUCUUCACUCUGAUAAGAUAAAGAAAGUACGAACGACUGCUGCGAGUUUGUUUGUAAAGUGACGAGUGGAGUUUUAAGUGUGCGGGCAGUUUGUAAGCAGUUUAUAGUGAUGACAAGUGUCAGUGGAGAGUGAUUGAAAACAUAGUGUAUACUUAAUUCUGUGUCUGUUAUCUACAUGGUUGACUUAUGUGGCUAUUUUUAACACUUUUACUUUAUCUAUUUUUUUCUUUUAUUGUCAUUUUAAAGAACACAAAUUUAGUUUCACUAAAAAAAAUUACAUUAAUGUGUUAUAGGGUGGUACAGAUUGUUUUGAAUUUUUAUAAGAGUGAAAAAUGAAGACAUUUGCAGUUUUCUGAAUCUUACUUUUUGAUUUAAUGUUCUGCAGCAGUGGCGAGAAACAUUUCGACUUAAUGUUCUUUGAGUUGUGGCAGAUUUCCAAAAUACUUAUCUUUAUUUAAGAUAGUGCCAGGUUUGUCUUGUCUACGUGUUGUAGUCUAAAGUUGAUGUUGAUGGUUGUCUUUUAUUAUUUUAUGAUAACACCUAAUCAAGUUACUCUUACUUUGAAGACAUACAUUCCAUUGGAUUUAUCAUCUAGUCUUACUUUCAACUAUCCUUGUUACAAUAAUGGAUUUCAGCUUCAUUUUUAACUCGUAAUUUUAUGCUCAUUUAACACUAGCGUAUUCUACAAUUUUCUUAGUCACUGAAUAACUUGUGUUGCCAAAUUCUUCAUUAGUUACCUUCAAAGAUGUGUAGAUGUAUUGUAAUAGUUGAUGUUCUGGCAAUUUGUCAAUCUGCCUCAAAUCAUAGAAUGCUGUAUGCUGCAAGCACUUAGCUGGGACUUUGUUGAAUUCGUUCAAUUUUAUUAUGUUCUUUCAUGUUAAAUUGUUGAAGGUUGUAACUGAUUUAGAGCACUGAAUGUAUUCAUUGUAUCCAUUUAAGCUAAAUUGUUUUACAUGUAUACGGAAGUUGUCUUUCUUAAACUGUUGAAGAUGCGUGCUUCCUGAGCAGCAUUCAAAGUUGUGUUGUGUAUUUUUUCUGGUUGUUAAAGCUUUAAGCAUUAAUUAUGCCCCUUUCAUUGUCAUGUUAAAUUUUUGUUUCAUCGAAAGAAACAAACAGAAGCUUAUUUUGAAAGGAAUAUUGUUGGUAGUUUUGAUGUGAUACUUAAAUUUAUCAGGUCCCCCUGUUUGCCAUUUCCAUUUGUCACAAAAACUCUAAAUUUUAUAGAAAUUUGUUCAAUCCUUUUUGUUGCAAUACUGGCAUAUUAUUAGCUUAGCUCAAAGCUUAUUUAUUUAUUGUGCCAUGUAAUUGCCGUUCUGAUGUCUUCACCAUUGUGAGCACGUCAUGUAAACACCUUUAAAAAGUGAUUGUAGGUUUGUAAUGCUGCAAAUAUCACAGUUGAUGUUUGAAUCCUGCUAUCCAAUAUUCUUAUACAUCUUAAAACUUGUUGUAUGGUUGAGUUUGAUGCAAUGAUGACUUUUUGAGAAGUCCAUUACUUGAAUUCGUUUAGUGGCAAAUUUAAUAGCAUUUCCUCCUGUUGAAAUUCUUAAUUUUAUCUGAACUUCUGUUUUAUUCUUGUUUCCGUGUGAAAAUGACUGUUUUAAGAAAAGUGUUGCUGGUCAAAAGUAUUGUUUUCUCCACUGUAGAAGUCAAUAUUCUAGUGUUUUGUCUAUUUUACUGUAAGUUUUGCUGAUGUGGCUUGAUUUCUGGGACUUUGUAUGUCAAAGUCUGUUCACUUUAUCGAACAUUCUCGUUUCAUGUUCCAGUUGUGCCAUGUUUCUGCAACAUUGAAUUUCUUCCCUAGUUCUCCAUUUGUUUUACUCAUUUCCUUGAAAUUCUGUAAAAAAAAAUCUAUAGAAGGUGUGUCCAUACGAUGUGUUUUAUGUAUUAUUUAUUCUGUAAGAUAUAAAUACCUGAAGAAAUAUUUCAAAAUUAUAUUUUUGAUUUCAUUAGCUUCUGUGUUGUACAGUUUUAUUGCGUAAAGUAAGGAACGAAAGCGAUUAAAGGAGUGAAAGCUAAGCCAA